UUUUUCCAAAAUAUGUAUUGGUAGUCGUGGACGAGAAGAAGAGCCAUGGCAUACGAGGAAGAGAGGGUUCUGGAGACCCAACUGGAGCUCCAAUUGCAUGAGCAACGUGAUUCUCUCGCUGCCCUUAAAGAUGCCCUAGCUUUUGAUCCUAACAAUCUGGAGCUUCUCUCGGUUUGUGAGGAGGUUGUUCAGGCAAUUAAAGAUGCAGAGGAGGGCCUUCUACAUUUGAAACGUGCACGGUUACUUAGAGAAGCUGAUUCAGUGCUUCUAGCUUCAUGUCCUACUGAUAAUGUGGCCAAGGUUGAACCUCUCGAUCCAACAGAUGUUGAGCCUGAACCUUUGGAGGAGAACCAAUGUUACAAAAUUGGAUCGAAAUGUAGAUUCAGAUACUCGGAUGGACGAUGGUAUAAUGGUCUAAUUGUUGACUUAGAUGGUUCUAGUUCUUCAGCAAAGGUUUCUUUCCUCAAUCCCACUUCGGAAAGUAUGCUGAUGUGCAACUUCUUUCUGCAGCAAAGAUGUCGGUUUCGUAAUAACUGCCGCUUAUCACAUGGAGUUGAUGUCCCAUUAUCCUCACUGAAAAAGUAUAUCCCAACAAUAUGGGAGCAGUCAGCAGUGGGAUCCAGUGUUUGGGCAGUCUCUAAUGGUAGCGGUGGUCUUUGGAGGGGAGGGGAGCUUGAGUCAUGGGACGAUGAACUUGGGCUAGGGAAAGUGGUUUUCCGAGAUGAUGGAAGCUCUGCAAACCUGGGGGAUGAAGCUAUAACACUAUCAGAGUAUGCUGAAAUGAGCAAUGAAGAAGAAAGUGACUUAAGCUCAGAACAAUCUGAUUCUAGUGACUAUGACGAAGAUAGCCCACAGGGCAUAGGGUUUUUAGACAGCAGCUCGAAAAGAGGCAUCCAGAAAGAAACUGCCAUCUUUGCCAAGUGGGAGAACCACACUAGAGGUAUAGCUUCCAAGAUGAUGGCUAAUAUGGGUUAUCGUGAAGGAAUGGGAUUAGGUGUUUCUGGGCAGGGAAUGGUGGAUCCUAUAAAUGUCCGGGUUCUUCCUGCUAAACAAUCUCUUGAUCUUGCUGUUGAGUCUCGUAAAAAGAAAGAGAGCAAGGAGAAUCAAGGAAAGAAGCGGAGCAGAGGUGGCAAGAGGAAACGUGAUAAGAAGUUUGCUGCAUUAACACGAGCUGCAAAAGAGAGAGAGGAAAUGGCACCAGACGUCUUUAGUCUUAUCAACAUCCAACUCGCAAAGCAUGACGAAGCUUUAAUUGGUCCAGCACAAAAGCAGCAAAAUAAAGAUUCUGCAGAGGGGAAAAAGGUCGACCGGAGGACAUUGGUUGCAUACGAUGACGAAGUCAAGGAUUUGAGAAUGAAGAUCGAGAAGCUUGAAGAAAUGGCGAACAGGAACAGGAAAGAGAAGGCGGUUUAUGACGCGGCAAUGAGGAAAUUGAGCGAGACUCGGAAAGCAUUAGCGGACACAGUGGCAGCUCAUGCAUCUGCAUCAAAUGCAGUUAUGAGCAAGGAAAAAGAGAAAAAAUGGCUGAAGUUUUGAAGCUUAUUCUGUGUUCAUUGUACUUUCUAUGUAAUAUUAGAUCGUUCCAAGAUGAAAUCUAGCACUGAAAUUGCUUUUUGUCUACUAUGUCAACGGUUUGAGUGCCAUCCUCAAAUUUCAGUGGCUAUUUAUUUACAGGCUUCUUCUAAUGCAGAAUGUAAUCUCUCAUGAUAUCCAAGAUAGUUCUCUGUUGUUUUGCC